AUGACUUCCCCAGAAGCCUCGCCACCCAGUGGUGUGCCGCAAGACCGCAGUCCCGCCAUCGCCCCAGUCAAGCCCACCAAAAUUCCCACCAACGCGCCUCCUGCAUCUAUGCGAGGAGAUUCGCAGACCAAUGCGAUCGUCAUCGCUGAGGACUCACAACAAGCCAUUCUCUCCGCCACCGUCAACAGCCAGACCGGACCCCGUCGCACUCCAACUUCCACGAUCGAGAACCCCGGACCUCGCCCUGGCGCUCAGCAACCAGAAGGUACUGCAGAGGACAAAGCCCGCUCUUCUGGACUCGAUGAUCAGCAGGGUACGCGCAAGCGAGCUGCUCCGCCAACCGACUUCUCCGCAGACACUCGUCCUGCUAAGGCUGCAAAGCCCACGGUUCCUAUACCACCGCCAGCAUUGAACGCCGCGACAUCGACCUUCAACCGCCCUCCAACUGCUUUGGUCGACCCAGGCUAUCGCAGCAGGCCCAACAUUGCCGCUACUCAACGUGCCGCCCAACAAGCUCCAGCGAUGACAGCUGAGCAGAGAGCCAGACAGCAAUACGACGCGAUGUAUAGACACGGUAUUUCCCCAGUCCCAGUUGCACGUCAACCAGGUCAACAACAGGUCAUGAAUGGCCCCAACCGAGUUCUACCACCUGUGCCCUCUGUCGCUGAGUCUCCCCGGCGGCAGUACAACCCAACCCCACCGCAUUACAGCGUCAUCCGGCCCAGCAACUUCCCAUACGCUAACGCCGGUCCUUCCCAACAACCUAGCAGCGGUCAUACCUUUCAACAUCCUCAAUACCCAGCUCCGUACGGCUUCGCUCCGCCACCACAGAUGGCGUACUAUGUCCCGGAACCGACUGUCGGCCAGAUCAUUGGGGACCUCCAAGCCAAGGUCACCCGACUCGAAGGCCAGGUCACUGAGCGUGAGAAGAUCAUCUCUAGCAACGCCAUCAACGAGGCGAAGAGCCACAAGAAGAUCAAGAUCCUGGAGGAUACGCUUCGUGACAGCGAGAGAGCACGCGACCGUCUGGACAAGGAGACUACUGAGGAGAUCAAGGAACUCCAGGCUAGCCUCGAGAAGGUGAGAAUUGUGAUGAAUGACAUGGACAAGACCCUCGGACCGUUUCGAGAAAAGUAG